AAAAAAAAAAAAACUUUAAACAAAGUCGCAUUUGAAAAUUCGUCAUCAAUCAUCUUCCACAAACAGGAAGUUUCUACACUCUUCCCCUUUCCCAUAAACAAACAACUCGACAUCUAACUUUACUCUUCUUUCUAAAUCAAUCGUAUCAAAUCAAGUCUCUUCUUGCCCCCAUUACCCCAUUUCGGUACUCCAUUUCUUAAGAACUUUCCAGAAGUAUUUAGCUCAAUCAUUCACCUUCUCCCUCAUUUUAAACAAACCUCUCUCAAAACCUCACUCAUCAACAUUCAUCCCUCUUGUCUCAUACAUUUCAUCAAAGGCUUUCUGUUCAACAAUGGAAGACGACGGUGUUGUAGUACUCUACGAUGGUACCAUGGUUACAACCGAUCCUUCCAAGAAAAACCCGAACCCAUUUUCAAUCAAAGUGGGUUUAACCCAAAUGCUCAGGGGCGGAGCAAUCGUGGAAGUCUCGAAUCUAAGACAAGCUAAAAUCGCAGAAAAUGCAGGCGCUUGUUGCAUCACAAUCUCCGGGGAUCAAAAGGGUAUUGGAAGAAUGGCGGACCCAUCUUUAAUCAAAGAGAUUAAACGCAGCCUCUCGAUUCCCAUCAUCGCAAAAUCUCGGGUCGGGCAUUUUGUUGAAGCCCAAAUACUUGAAUCAAUUGGAUCCGAUUACAUUGACGAGAAUGAAGUUUUAUCAAUUGCCGAUGAAGAUCAUUUCAUCAAUAAACAUAAUUUUCGUAUCCCAUUUGUUUGCGGAUCAAGAGAUCUGGGUGAAGCAUUGAGGAGGAUCCGAGAAGGAGCAGCAAUGAUUCGAACUCAAGGGGAUUAUUCCGGGUCAGGAAAUAUCGCUCAAACUGUAGGAAACAUAAGGAAAACAAUGGGUCAUAUCCGGGUUUUGAAUAACAUGGAUGAUGAUGAAGUUUUUACCUUCGCAAAAAAAAUUGGAGCUCCAUAUGAUUUAGUAGCUCAAACUAAGCAAAUGGGUCGGCUUCCAGUGGUCCAUUUUGCUUCGGGUGGGAUUUAUACUCCUGCUGAUGCUGCAUUGGUUAUGCAAUUGGGCUGUGAUGGGGUGUUCAUCGGGCCUGAGGUUUUUGAUGGAGAGGAUCCAUUUAAGCGGAUCCGGGCUAUUGUUGAAGCUGUGAGGAACUAUAAUGAUCCGGUUAUUUUGGCUGAUGUGUGUUCCGGGUUGAGUGAUUCCAUGGCAAGGAUGAACAUCAAUGAUAAUAGGGUGGUUGAAGCUUGAUAGAAUUGAUGGAAGGUAUAAGUAUUCUGACUUCAUUGCUAUUGAAAAGUUGGAAAUUUUUAUGUUGAAAGUCUUAGAUCAUAGCUUGUUGUUGGGUUGUUUGAUGUUGUUGCUUAAGAAAUAUGGUAUUAUGAGGCAUGGAUUUCUGAUGCAGUACAAUUUUGUAUACUUUGUUUGUGUACUUGAACUUGUUGUAUUGUGACUUGGAGUUGUGAAAUAAAAUACUUCAUAUUACAA